AUGUCCACAGCCAUCCCCACCUCCACCUCCGUCCACGAGUCUGCUGUCAUCGAGGCGCCCUUCAGCGAUGUCUGGCACCUGAUCAAGCUCCAGGACUUCAGCAAGUUCUGGACCAAGCUCGAGAAGAGCGAGUUCGUCAAGGGCACAUCCGACGAGACCGACAUCGUCAAGUGGACAUUCAAGGACGGCACUGAGCUCGAGGUGAAGCAGGAGGAGCACUCAUCCAUCGACCACUUCAUUACGUACUCCGUCAUUACUUCCAAGCCAGAGCUCUCAUACUCUUCGGUCGUCUCUACCAUUCGCGCAUACCCCGUCACAUCUGGCAAGCACCAGGGACAGACUUUCGUCACAUGGUCUGGCAACUUCAGCAGUGACGCUGAUGCCAGUGUGAUUCAAGACGCCAAGUUCAAGCGCCGCGAGGCUCUCGCCGACCUUGCUCAGGCCGCUUCGAAGAAAUAG